UCUCUCUCUCUCUCUCUCUCUCUCUCUCUCUCUCACACACACACACCUACUUGAUGGUGCUGUACUUGACAUGCAUGGUGAAUCUGGUUGUCCCUCAUAGUCUUCCUCCUGACUCUCAGACUGCCUUUCACUUUCCUCCUCUGUCUGUCUCUCCUCCUCUGGCUCUCUCUCCACCUCUGUCUGUCUCUCCUCCUCUGGCUCUCUCUCCUCCUCUGGUUCUCUCUCCACCUGCUCCUGAGCUCUUUCACUUCUCCCUUCAUCUCCAUCUCCCUCACUCUCUUUAUGGGGCUUUUUCCCUACUGGGGCAAAAAAGGACGUAAUGUCCUUCCUGCUCCUUUUCAUGAUAAUAGCCUACUAAAAAGAAAACGGAGAGGAUUGUAGCCUUCUCGUUUCACAAGGCUAUGCAAGUUUUUCAUUUAACAAGUAGGCUAAAUGCUGUCGGUUAUUUCACCUAUUUCCCCAAUAUAAGUUACUUAUUGCUGUGCAACAGAAAGAAAGAUUUUAAGAAAGAUAAAGCUACUUGGUGAACAUGUCAUCAUGUUUAAUGACUUCAAUGGCUUUGCUUAUUCACAAACAUUGCAAGACCAAGACGUGGUUAAGCGCAAUAAAAAACGGAUUUUAUUAUUGAAGUGAACAAAAACAGUAAAACACUGAUAUGUACAAACACACUGCCAUUAAAUUGGAUAGUUUUCCUUACCUUCCAAUAUUUGCAGUUGUCCAUUCAGGGCGGGUGCAGCUGUCGACUCUCGUUCAAAGUUUGCAAUCCGUCUUACAACUGCAGGUGGCAGUGUGCGUGUAUCGCUUUAAGGAGUUCGUGGAGAACGCGCCGUCGAUAUGUCUUUAGUUCCGGUCUUCGAGCCAGCGCAUGUCGCCGUAAGAAAUUAAUUAAUUAAUUAUCUGUUCAGCACAGGGGCCACAACGGGGGCCACGAGCAAUUUUACAGGGGCACUGGCCCCUGUCGGCCCCUGUGUAAAACCGCCAAUGCUCUUGAGUAAACCUUGAGUCAAAAUUUCUUUUGUCAAAAAAUGUUGAGGAAGUUCACUUUGUUACUUUGUGCCAAUGCUGAGAUCUUUGAGUGAUGAGUAGUCAAGCUGCUUCUCAUUAGAAAACUAUCCUCCAGACAAUUCUUCAUCUCUGUGUCUUCAAGGAGACAACAGGUCUCCUUCUCUACCUGGCUGUCUCUCCUCUCCUGCAGCCUCCAAAAGGGACAGAUCCUUCUCCAAAAGAGGAGGCUUCUGGUCUACAAGGCCCAGAAACCAAGCCAUUGGGCCUGUGCUGAGAUUCAUGUGGCAUAUAGUCACAAAGAAAUAGCAGAUAUAGUCAGAAAGAAAUCUACACCAAGAUUUUAGAGCCAACAACACAGCAAAUUACUUUGGAAACACUGAAAUCUAAAAAGGAACUGAUUCUUCGUCAAAGGAUUUCAGCUCCCCUAUUCUCCCCACAAAAAGGACACACACCAUUUUCUUAAUAUCCCCUUGUAGGAUGUAGGCUAGGGCUGGGUGAUAUAUCGAUAUAAAAAAUAUAUAGAUAUAUUUUUAGAUGUGAAAUGGAAUUAGACCAUAUCGCAUAUAUCAAUAUUGUUCAAUUUUUUAAUAUAUAUAAAAAUGCCCUGACUAGGGUUUGUCAUAUUUAAUUAUUUUGUAAUGUUCGUUAUUCUUUUCUCAUAUAAAUAUAUUUAUUUCAGAAAAAGACUGGCCUAUUUUAUUUCAUAGGCUAUUUUCAUUUAAGAUUUUUAUUUAUUGCACUUUAUGGAGCUUUGAUUUAUAAAAAAAAAAAAAAAAAAAAAAAAGGUAAUCCUGUUAUACAGUAUUUAUGAUCACUUAAAUUAACAGUUUCUAUAAAACUUCUUGUGACAUGUCAUAUUUGGCUUUGACUUUGACUGAACAUUUGCUCUCGCUUUGCAAUAAAAAUGUCAGGAUAUAUAUCUUGUAUAUCGAUAUUCAGCCUAAAUAUACCCGAAUAUGACUUUUGGUCCAUAUCGCCCAGCCCUAAUGUAGGCUAUGAUUUAUAUGGGUUUUUAAGGACUCCCCCUGGCCCUUGGGCUUGACUCCUUUCCAAAAAUAGUUAGCAUAACCCUAGUCUCUAUUAUUGGUAAGAUAAGAGCAUCCUUUUUAGUCGCCCCAUUUACUAUACAGCAACAAAGAGGAUAUUGCUUAAAACAGAGGAUGUACCCUCUUGUUCUGGUAGCUGAUUAAUUGGUUUCAGUGGACAGUUGUUUUUUAGUUGAUUAGUCAUUUAUUAUGAUUUUAACAUGCUAAGUGAUUAUUUCCAAGAAACUUCCAAGAACAUCUCUGGUAAACAGAUAUAAACUAGUGGUUUUGCAUGAUUCUUUAUUGGAAAUUCAGUUUAACAGAUCUGUCAAUUAAAUAAACUAAUUUAUUAGUUGACAAAAUCAUAUGAGUGUUAGUCGACUCAGAAUCUAUUAAGUUGAGGACAGCCCUAGCCAUAACAGAAAUCACCAGAAAGAAAUAGAUAUAUAUAAAAAUGGCAACUUUUAGAUAUUUAUAUAUGGGUGGAUGUGAUUUAGUUUGAACCUGCAGUUUAAUUGUAGCACAACCACUUGUGUACUUUGUCCUGGUAUUUCAACUACACUUCAAGGUCUGAAACUGCAGAUGAAGUUUGCUCAGUUGUCAUUGAUAUACCUCUAUUGUUAUUACAUGACGUAAGUAUGGAAUUUUGGUCAUGUGAUACCAGAUAUCCUGUCUCUGUUCAAGGAUGGUGUUUGGCAUUGGAUGUCAUUAAAUUCCUUUUUCUUUCUCUGGCCUAUUCAGUACAGUAUUUUACUCUCUUUAAUCUACCCCUUUCAGUGUGAAGUUCAGUUGAAUUUGGAGUUGGGUCACAUAGCCCAGCUGAGGGAGAAAGAAACACCAGAAGACUUCACCCACGACUGGACUGCCUUUGUCCGAGGGCCACAGACUGGGGACCUCCAGCACUUGGUAGAGAAAGUUGUCUUCCACCUGCAUGACAGUUACCCCAACCCAAAGAGAAUAUUCAGGGAGCCUCCGUACGAAGUGAAUGGGUCGGGCUCCGAAAACUUCCUCAUGCAUAUUGAAUUUUUCUUGAAGAACAAGGAGAAGCCGAAAAAAGUGUGUUUCAAGUACAACCUCUUCCUUAAGCCAGAGGGUGACCACCUGCGCUGUGAGACCCUCACCUUCAAUACCCCCAGCAAAGAAUUCAGGAGGAAGCUGGUGAAAGCUGGAGGGGUGUUGGUUGCAGAGGGGGCUGAGGCUGCGACAAGGUCCGGUCCAGACGUCCCUCCUUCCCCCCCGACGAAGAAGAUCAAGACCUCUCACGUGUCAGAGAUGAAGACGGUGCUUUUAUGCAUUCAAAUUUGUUCUCAUGUCAGCAACCCAGCAAAGACAGAAGUGAUGGCAGUAGCCAAGCUGCACAAGUCGACCAAAACACUUCAUGAACAGCUCUGAAAAGACUAAGAGCAAAGCCACCUUGAAAGCAGACAACAGAGGUGGAAAGGGCAAGAAAUGUUUGUUAGUUGUAUAAAGUACAGAAGCAGGCCGAGCAGCAACAUUUCAAAACAAUCAUAUGCAAAUACAGUUCUCUGCAUUUGACUGUUCAAGAGUGACGUCCUAUCCUCUGAGGAGAUUAUUUAGUAUUGUCUGUGGGGAACAACAAAUAAUAGUAGAUCUAGAAGAUUCAAAACUUCUGAAGAAACUUUGUGUGUGUCUGCAGGCUGCCGCCAGCUGAUCUCCAUGUGUCCAAAGAAAGCCCUGUCUCUUCUUCUCAGCUGUGAUUCCUUAAGAGGUCAAGAUCCAUUGUGCAUAAUUUGUUGCAAAUGUCCAACAUGUUUUUACUUUGUGUGGCAGGGUGGAGACUGUCAGAUGUGUGUUCUGACUAUUUGACUGUCGUCUUUCCUGGACUGACAUGAACCAGUCGUGUCUACAGAGACUAUAUGAAGUUGUGUUUUUAUUGUUGUUGGGGGUUUUUCCCUCCAAAUUAUGACGUUUAAAACUUGGAAGAGGAGUUAGGGUUUACAUUAAUUAAAGUAUGGGGGACACUUUUUUUUUUGGUAAAAACUGUCAGAUUGCUACCAAAAAAAGUAGCUGAAAAGACAAAAACCUAAAAUUGUGUUUAUGUAAUGUUUUUAUAUACUACUGUAUCAUUUCAAAUCCAUGCUUUUUUAAAAGAAUAAAUUUAAAAGAAUUAAAACUGU